UUUGUGCGGAUAAGAACGACCCCUAACCUCUCUCAUCUUUCUCUCUCUAGAACGCCAUCUACCGCUUACAAGAACCCAUUCCCUCCCUCUUUGCCCCCACUCUUCUCUACUUCUUCAAGUUCUAACUUCAAAACAUAUCUCUUCUCUGCUUCUCUUUACUCUCUCUUUAAAAAACAAAAAAAAAAACCCUCACCCUCUUACAUUCAUUUCAAGCACACAAACUGUGUCUCCAACCACUUUGUUCAAGAUGGCAAUCGAAAACCAAGACACCCCUGUCCGAGAAAUCAAGCCCAAGAACAGGAGAAUCAUGGGUGCUGGAGGUCCUGAUGAUGAGGACAACAGGUGGCCGCCAUGGUUGAAGCCUCUGCUCAAAGAGAGCUUCUUUGUUCAAUGCAAGUUACAUGCUGAUUCUCACAAGAGUGAAUGUAACAUGUAUUGCUUGGACUGUAUGAACGGCCCUCUCUGCUCUCUCUGCCUCGCUUACCACAAGGAUCAUCGUGCCAUCCAGAUUAGGAGAUCCUCGUACCAUGAUGUGAUCAGGGUCUCUGAGAUUCAGAAGGUGUUGGACAUCACUGGCGUCCAAACCUACAUUAUCAACAGCGCCAAGGUGGUGUUCUUGAACGAGAGGCCUCAGCCAAGGCCUGGAAAAGGUGUCACAAACACUUGUGAAGUCUGCGAGCGUAGCCUUCUCGAUUCUUACCGGUUCUGUUCUCUGGGUUGCAAGAUUAAAGGAACAUCUAAGAAUUUCCAGAAGAAGAAGCAGCCAGCUACAAUGGCAUCGGACUCGGAGGAUUCAUACAGCAGCAGCAGCAGCAGCCAUGGCCGGCAGAAGAACAGCAAAGUGCAGAGCUUCACACCAUCUACACCACCCCCAACUUCAGUUAAUUACAGAACGGCCAAGAGAAGAAAGGGAAUACCGCACCGAGCCCCAAUGGGGGGACUAAUCAUAGAAUACUAGAUAGUUGGUAUUUUUAGGUUAUUUGCUAUAAUGCCCCUGAUAUAUAAUACUAGUGCAAGUAUUACGACGUCUGUUCUCUUAUGCUUCCUGUCGUGGUUUCUAGCGUUUUGUAUAUAUAGAAAAUCCAAAAAGGUUGACGAAGUAGAAAAUAAGACUAGACACCUGUGAAAUAGUUGAUGGUGCAGUAAGCAAAAGAAUGGUGUAGCCGUGCGUGUAGCAAAAUAAGUAAGGCUCUUUUCAACCUAGUUAAAGAUAUGCAAACAUAGGUUUGGUUUCUAGAGUAAUUAUACCUAAGUUUUGGGGUUGAGGAUGUAAAUAGUGGUUUAGUGAGGUGGGGGAAGAAGCCAAAUGACAAUGUACUUCUUGGAAAUAGGUGGUAUGUUUAUAUAUGGAAAUACAAAAUAAAGAGAUUUUAUUACAUUUUC